UCUCUCUUUAUUAUGAUAUGGGGAACUUAACCAUCAUUACUACACAUAAUGUAAGAGUAUCGACUCCUUUUACUAAAAUUAAUUAGACAUACAUGCAUGUUAGGAACUAGGUGAAAAAAACCUGAAAAAUGCGAAUAAUGUGAGGCAGAAACCACAUGUAGUACGUAAUAAGCAGAAUGCUAGAAAGUAUUUUCCCUCUUCUCUGUUUAAAAAUAUUUGUUCCUUGCGUGUUGAAGUAUAGAACUUGCUGCUGAGAGUAUGCUAAAUGACCGAUUUAUUUAUGCAUCGACAUCAUUCACCGACUUUUCCUAUUACUAUAUUAUUUUAGAACUGCUAUUAGGUAACAGAGGUCUUUUCGACUAAUGUCUCAGAAUUUAUGAGAUAAAUCCAUGAUUAUUGUAAUUUGUUGGUUGGAUAUUGGAUACUCUUCUUACAGAAGACUGAAGUAAAUAUAGAUCUAUCAACUAAAGAAUACAUCUUUUCAAGAUAGAUGCAAUGAUUAACAACUAUAUAAAGUUGUGAUUUACAAGAGACAAGACAAUGACAAUAUGUCUCAGUAUUCUACUAUACUAUUCCUCGAGUUCAAAAAGAUUGAAUGAAAUUUUUACGGCAAUCUACAGAAAAAAUAUGAUAGAUCAUGCCCUAAUCUAAAUAAGAGAUUCAUAGGCAUAUCAUCAAAUUUGACAAGGUUCCGAUUAUUUUUCAAAAUAGUUACAUUUUCUUUAUUAUAUAAGAUUAUUUGCAAUAAAGAAAGUAUUUGAAGAUUAGAGAGUUAAGUCUUGUCAUAGAAUUUUGAUCUAGAAAACAUUUUAAAUACUUUUAUAGACAGAAAAUAACUGUGAAUAUAAUAGUCUAUGUUUAUUAUUAGAAACAUGGAGAACCUCGUCAUUUCAAUAUUAACAUCUGGCAGAUACGAUCAAAUAUUAAUAGCUCUUAUGGUCUUUGUACAGGUUCAACAUGUAGUUCUGAACCUAAACAAAGUCUCAUAAUGGAUUAUCAAAGAUCUUCUUAUUCUGAUGAAAUUAUUGUACUUAUUUGUAAUAUUUAUAUUGGUAAUUAUCUUAAAAGUAUGGGACCUGAACCAUCACAAAGAUCAUUACAUUACAAUAGUACAAUUGAGAAUGCUCAAAAAGCAUGCAGAGCUGAUGUACAAAUAGCAGAUUGGCCUCAUUCAGCAGCAGGAAGUCUUGAAGUAUUAUUUGUCGAAGAUCAAGUAAACUCAGGAGACAUCACAACAAUGGCUGAUAUCCCAACGAAUUUUCACAUAUGCUUAGAAGACAAUCUUAUGAAAUUAGCAGAGAUAAUGGAUUUAUCAAGAGAUGAAGUCGAUGAGAUGUUAGCAAAGAUGACAACAACAACUACUACUACCGCCAGUACAACUACAGUGACAGCUACAACGACAACGACAACGACAACAACAACGACCACCACAACUACAACAACAACAACAACAGCAACACCAACGACAGCAACUGCAACAAUAACAACAACACUUACUACCAAUACUGUGAUCAGUACUAAAGUACGGUUUAUUAAUCUGUUGCCUUUCUGUUCAUAA